CCACCACGUCAGCAGCCUGCUGCUGCACCUCUGGCGUUUUCACCAUCCACUGACGAUGACUGGCUCAUCUCCCCGUCCCCUAGUAACAGUGGGGUCGCUGCUAUGGCUCCUCUCCAACCCUUUCCUCCGCCCAGAGCGAACCAAGACCUGAGCCACAGACCGCUAACGGUGUACAAGUAAUGGAACCGUGCAAUGAAGACAUGGACACGGAGGCGAACGAGGUAGAUUCGUUUGACACACAUUGACAGAAUGUUUGCUACUUCUGAUGCCGAAAAGCGCAAAGGACAGAAGACUACUGAGUUUUAGGAUGUUGAUCUCAUUGGUAACAAGUGUUGAACCAUACGACUUUUUAAUUGAUUAGCUAAUUAAAUAGUUAUGUUUCUCACAUGUUGGGCACAUUGGACACAAAAAUCACAUUUUUUUCUUUAUAGAUUCUGAUGGAAUAGUCAAGCACGCUAAAAUGAAUGUGAGGGAGGCUGUGGAGCAGUCUCUUAAUGGUAGCAAGAUCAUACUGAGGUUCAACGAGGAACUGCAAGCAGUCGGAGAUGGAACUGGCCUGUUGAGCGGCAUUCUAGGAGCGCUGGGUUCUGAUUACAGCAAAUUUUCUAUCUGUGAGAAGAGUUGGGCAAAGGUGCAGGGCAAAGACAGGGUUUAUGAUGAUUGCAUAAAGGAGAUGUUCCACUUUCAGGAAGAUAGCGGUGGUAGAAUCAAGAAUACAUUUUUGCAACAAAUGGGGAGGUCCGGGAAGGAUACAAGGGGGAGGCUGUAUGACUCGCAUUACAAACCAACUUUGACACUUGAGGAGAAUCUUAACAACCGCCCGGAGGGAAUUCCUAGAGAGCAUUGGAAGUGGUUCAUUGAUUAUCGUAAUGAUCCUGCAACAAAGGCGAAGUGCAAGCAAAACGCGCUAAAUCGAAAGAAGCAACUUUACACGCAUAAUAGCGGUUCUAAAAGCUUGGCUAGGGCAAGGAAAGAAGAAGUAACAUAA